GAGGCGGCACGAUGCGCGGUGGUUGUUGGGUUGGAGUCGGUUUAAAGUGGGUUUGAGGGGGACUAGCUGGAGGUACUUGGCUUCGGGUCGGUCAGAUUGGGCCUAGGCCAUUUCCCCGUAUCGGAGGAGCCUCCACAUCGCGGAGUGAGCGCGGGAAGAGUUCGGCGAGCGGCCGAGGGAACGCCAUGAGCUCCAACUUCGUGAAGCGCACUCAGGACUCGCUGGGGAAAGUGAUCAAGAAGCCACCGCUGACCGAGAAGCUGCUCAGCAAGCCACCUUUCCGUUACCUGCACGACAUCUUCACUGAGGUUAUAAGGAUCACUGGGUUCUUGAAAGGGCUGUACACAGACUUUGAGAUGAAAUCUGAUAAUGUUAAGGAUAAAGAUGCUAAAAUUGCAUUCCUGCAGAAGGCUAUUGAUGUAGUGAUGAUGGUGUCUGGUGAUUCUUUGUCAGUGAAACCUGCACGUGUUGUGGCUGGUCAUGAACCAGAGAAAACCAAUGAGCUUUUGCAAGCUAUUGCAAAAUGUUGCCUUAACAAGCUUUCCAGUGAUGAUUGUGUGAGAAGGGUCCUUGCUGGAGAAAAGACAGAUCUUAAAGCAAAAACACCAUCUGGCUCCAGAUCUCAGGGGAAAGAAAACAGAGAAAAAAGUGAUGAGCGUAAGAAGCAAAAAGACAAAGAACAAGAGGAAAAGAAUGAGAAUGGAAUUAAAGACUCUAGCAGAGAUCGUAAAGAAAAGGAAAUGUCAAGAGAACGUGGAAAACAAAUUGAUAAAGAAAGGGAUCGACACAAAGAUGGUGAUAGACGAGAAAGGGCUAAAGAACAGGAGAGAGACCGAGCAAGAACAAAAGAAAGGGAUCAAGAGAACCACAAAAAUCGAGGGGAUGGAGAAAGAGUGGAGAAAGAAAAAAGUCGAGGUACAGAAAAGGUGGACAAAGGCAAGAUUAAAGGUGAUGGAGAAAUGGACAAAGAACGAAAUAAAGAGAGAGAGAGAAACAGAGACAAAGAAAAAUUGAGAGAGAAAAGGGAGAAGGACAAAGAGCAUGACCAUUCAAAAGACCGUGGUAGAGACCAAGAAGUGGAAAAGGCUAAAGAACAGGAGAAAACAGAGAGACGGUCCAAAGUUACUGCAGAGGACAAACCAGCCAUACUGCCUUUAGAAGUUACAAAGAAGGACAACAAAACCGAUGCAGAGCAGGAGGUUGAAAGCCCUGUGAGAAUUCCCAGGCCUUCAUCAGCAAAAGGCCAAAGAAGGAAACCAAAAUCAGGAGUUGAAGAUGAGUCUGAUGUUGAAGGAGAUCCUGAAGCUGUCCAAUAUUCAUCUGAGAAGUACACAGCUGAGGUGAAUGGAGAUAUUUCAGAUGAACAUUUGCCCCAAGCUGUUCAAAGCAAGCGAACAUCUCGACCAGGAAGUGCAAGGCCUGCACCUCCCAGAGUAAAGAAACAAGAAAGUGCAGACUCUCCUUUGGAAAGAGCUGGCAGUGCAAAACCUGUGACAAAUGUUAUAGUGGAUAAAGGAAAAAAUGCUGAAGAGGAAGUGGAUGAUGAUGAUGAACAGUUUGUGGUGGAAGAGACUGCUUCACAACUUCCAGAUAUACCUGAGAUGGAACCUGUGACAGUAGUAGAACUGCAUGAUGGUGAAGACCUUGGUGGACUUGUCAAGAAGAUUUUGGAAACCAAGAAAGAUUAUGAAUCUUCAAAGUCUGCAACAAAACAAAAAGAUCAGGAGAAAACCAUUAUCUCUGAAACAGCGAGAAGGAAGGAGAAGGAGCUAGUAACAAAGGAAAUAGAAAAGCUACGAACAUCCAUCCAGACCCUGUGCCGCAGUGCCUUGCCUCUUGGAAAGAUAAUGGACUACAUACAAGAAGAUAUGGAUUCCAUGCAGAAUGAGUUAUCAAUGUGGCGCAAGGAAAACAAAAAGCAUGCAGAAACUCUCCUAAAAGAACAAAGCGUUACAGACAGUGCUGUGGAGCCAUUAAAAACGGAACUUGCUGAACUAGAACAGCUGAUCAAAGACCAGCAGGAUAAGAAUUGUGCUGUCAAGGCAAACAUACUGAAAAAUGAAGAUAAGAUCCAGAAGAUGAUUUCAAGUAUUAACUUCUCUUCAAGAACGUGAGGCAGAAGGAUUCUUGCACAUUUGGCACAGUCAUUAAUGUGGUUCAGCUAAUAAUGUGAAGAAAUUAUGGCUAGGAGGAAUCUUGUAGCAAAGCAGACUAAUUGGGUGCAAAACAUUAUUUUGCAUUCCAGUCUCUCAGUCGUUUACAUUC